AUGGCUAUAUUCAUCUCAACACGAUUCUUUCUUCUCCUUCCAUUGUGGACCAUAAAGUCCAGUGACAAGCUGCAGUUGUCUUCGGACGAAAGCAGCGUCCGCCUGAUCAUCCCCGUCGAGCGCAAGACGCUGAUUCUCCGCGAAGUUCCCAAAGAGGCCACCGAGUCAGAAAUCCGCGCCCUGCUACCCGACCAGCCCAUCCUCCAAAUGCGUCAAGAAGUGGACUCGAUCUGGUUCCUGGUGUUCGACUCCGAGUCCUCCGCGCUCCACGCGCUCCACCGCCUCCAGUCGCAGACGCUUCACUCCCAGCCGCUCAAAGCGCGCGUCAAAAGCGAGUUCUACAAGAAGGAACUCCAGCGCCGCCUCGAUUCCCUCGCUCCCCCGCGGAAACUCUCCGCCGACGCGGCGCCCUUCGAAGUCGCGCGGUCCCCCACGCCGCUCAACCGCGCCGCGGAGCCGUUUCUGAUGCCGGAAUUAACGCUGCGGUGGGGUUUCGUCGGUCUCCCCAACGGCACCGACUUCGGGUACUACUACCAGCCGUCGGUUUCGACGGUGCCGGUGGUGAUUACGACGCCGACGAGCCACGGCUACACCGGUAAUUUUGUGAAAUAUCCGCGGGAGGAGCUGUACGCGAUCGUGCAGAAAUGCGCGGAUCUGUCGCUCCCCGCGGUGAGCGAGGAGGUGUGGAGUCUGGGCGUGGUGAGCGAGGCGGCGAACGUGGAGCUGGUGGAGAAAGGAAGGACGGAGUCGAUCGACGACGCGCUGCGCAGAAGGGCGCCGAGGACUUUAUGGUCAGGGGCUCGAUCGGAGAGGAGACGGCGGAGAGGGCGAGGAAGCAGAGGAGACAUGCGAAGAGGAGGGCGAAGUGAGGGAAGAGGAAGCAUGGUGGAUUGUUUGUUCGAGAUUUAUUUUUAUUUUGGGGCCGCGCCUGGUGUUUGUAGAGUCGAUCUAUUGUGUGAUUCUGGAAGUCUAUGGACAAAUCUUCGUCCAUUCACGAAGUUCGUUGGGAUGAUAUGCGCGUUUUGCUGGAACAGUUGCAGAAGGAACUCGAGAGCACGCUGUAGGGGAAUGGAUUGCGGUCAAUGCUCUAGGACGACGAGGCAGCGAAAUCUCGUGAUGGGAAAGCAACACGCCGAAGUCACGCAUGAAUGGAAUAAAUACAAGCUUCAGAAAGCCCGGUUGUCACAUGGUUUGGCCAUCAUCUCUAGAUUUCAUCCAGUCGAAUUCCCCGCAGGCCAGACCCAGCCAAACAAAAUUGCAAGAGCGCGUUCAUCUUCGCCCGGUUCAUCGUCGUUUGUGAAUCAGCUGCACUCCCGGUUUCGAGGCGAGCCAUCCAAUCCGAGCGGUAGCGACCUAUCUACCUCGCAUCGUUUCGCUUCGCACGGCGAGCACUCCUUCUCUUCCUACCGCCUCCCCGCUUCCUCGCGCGGCGAUUCCCUCGAAGCCUCCCACUACUACGAGCCCGUCCGUCCCCUCAUCGACCUCCCCACGCCGGAAAGUCUCGAGAUUCCGCCGUUGAAACUCCCGAACCGCGGACACGCGAUGCAAUCACUCGAGAAAGAUUUGGACAUGGGCAUCAGCACGCUCGAGUCCUACGUCAACGGAGAGCUCGACAAAUACGACUCGAUUAGUGGAAGUGCAGAAUUCAGGCAGUUUUUGGACACCGUCGACGCGCCCAAGGAUGAAACGCUCGUGAAACUCCUGAUGGAGGAAACGUCCGAUGGAAACGGGGAAACCGGGGAAACCGGGGAAUCGGGGAAAUCGUCGAAGCAGUGGAGUGGAAACUCGAAUGAAAGGGUGAGUGAAACUGUCAAUGAAACUGUCAAUGAAACUGUCAAUGAAACUGUCAAUGAAACUGUCAAUGAAACUGUCAAUGAAACUGUCAUCAUGUCAUUCAAUGGAACAAUAAUACAAUCUCAAAACACAAAUCCAUCAAAUGAAACUCUUCAUGAAACUCCCAAUGAAACUCCCUUCGAGGCGUUUCAGAACCAGGACGAUUCGGAGGAAUCGCUUCAUUUGAAUUGUGUUCUGGAACAACGUCAAGAAGACGAAGCCUUCCUGAGAGAACUUCUUUCAGAACCCUCCUUCCCCGCGGGAACCGCGGUCUCCCAACCGCUCCCUUUUUCCACAAAUCCGCCCGAUUUUCUUCCACCCCUUCCGAAAUCUCCCGCGGGAACCGCGGUUUCCGCGCCCCUGUUCUCAUCGAAUUCGAAAAACGAAACGCACGAAACGCACGAAACGCACGAAACGCUGGAAUUAUCUUCGUUCAGCGAGGCGUUGCCGCCCUUUUCCGAGCGAAUUCCUCCCGUUUCACCCAUCUUAGCGAAGCCCGGUGCGCUGGCGCACACUUUUGAAGGUGUGGCUGCGGUGCUGGAGCUGACGGAGGAGGAAGACGUGAGCGACGUGGGCGAGAGCCUGCACUUCAGCGAGGAAAGCGACUUCGAAGCGAACCAAAAUAGACUGAAGCGAGCGAUCAAAGCCGAUGAAUACAACUUCACGGACGAUGACACCGAUCCUGGGAAUUACCCGGUCGGCCCGUCGAGUCUCGAGGAGGCGGAGGAAGAGCCGGGCAAUGCGGGAGAGAGGGAUGGUGGAAACGGGGAAGAAACGGGGAGGGAGUAUCCAAAGCAUCGCGAUACGGUGGUGAGUCCGAAGAAAGAAGAAGAAGAAGAAGAAGAAGAAGAAGAAGAGGAGGAGGAGAAGGAGGUGGUGGUGGAGGAGGAGGAGGUGGAUCUGAAAGCGAUUCAAGCGAAAGUGCUGGAGGAAAUCGAAAGACGGGCGAGAGAAAUUGUGAAUAGUCGAUUGUGCCAAAGUUUCAUUGUUUGUUGA